AUGAAAACAUCCGUGGUUAGGUUCAAUUAUCCCAAAACUUCUCGCAGAUUUGCCCGAGAUAGCAAUCGGCUGACAACGGAAGGUACAGAAAUCACCCGCACCCGGAAGAGCACCCUAUCCAGACCGCCGUCUAAAGAGGAGUGCAUAUCAGACCAGUUUAAUUACGCCAUUCUAAGAGGCUGUCUAUGCUAUCUGUUUCAAAGCACUGGUCUUAGCAACGGAACAUUUCUGUCGCCAGAAUUGGACUUUUUACGCAUUAAACAACUGACGUGUUUAUUAUUCACCUUUGUCGGUGAUGUGAACGAAAUUGUGCGGCUGGAAUUUACUCACUUCCUGCUGGAUCCAAAAGACCCGCCCCAGGAAAAUUCAUCGAACUGUCAUAGUUACAUACGCAUUUUUGAUUCCCUCGAGCGGGCGGAGUUAAAUCAGAAUGACCAAGAAGCAUUUCGACUUUGUGGGUCUGAGCGAAAUUUACCACAACGUGUGUUCUACUCAACCGGUCGUGUUUUAAUUUUUGAGAUCCAUCUGGUGUGGCAAUAUUCCAACCCCAUCGAUCUUCGCGGACGAUUUCAAUUUGAAUCCAAAGAAUGGUACCUGUCUGGUGGAGCUCCGAUUCCUCAAUCUACUUGUGAUCGAUUGUUUCUCAGUCCCGACACUUAUUCCGCCUCCUUUUUUCACACGGACAAAAACUAUCCCAAAGUGAAUACACACUCGAGAAGUGGUCGUUUCUUCAGCCCUGGGUUCCCGAGGAACUAUCCUGUAAAUAGCACAUGUACAUAUUAUUUUAUUGGAACAACAGAAGAACGUAUCAGUAUUUCCCUUACGGACGUCAAUUUGCGCGGUCCAGAACAGUGUGGUACAACUCACUCACACGACCAAAUCGAAAUUCGCGACCUGGAUGCAAGCAUAAAACUCACCCAGACUGGGCCAAUUGAUCAGCAUACAAAAAUGCGAAUUAGAUCAAUUAAACCGGUUGCAAUUGUCUGUGGUCGGGUAACAGAAACCACGAUCGUAUCGGAUGGUCCCAGUUUAACACUUCAUUUUAUCUCGACCAAUGCGAACUGGUUGAGAGGUGGAGGAGGAGGAUUUGGAUUUCGCGGGCGAUAUGAAUUUAUCGGCGCACAUGACUUCCGAAUUGUGACCGGUCACAACCGGUUGAUCACCAGACAAUUUGAAGCAAAAGAUCAAGUGGCUGAUCAAAGCAUUCAAACUUCUGGUGAAAGCAAGGGCUUCGUGGUGAAGCACAUCAAACCGGAUGCGCAUCGUCUGAGUGGUGUGAUCGAAAGCCCCAAUUACCCUCGACCGUACCCGGAGAAUUUGCAAAUGCACUACGUAUUUCACGUUCCACCGGAAAUGCGUGUUAGAAUCAAAUUUUUUGAUUUCUGCCUGGAUAAUCAUGACGCCAACAGUUGCCCGCUCUCGAAUUCCGAUCGUCUUGAAGUCUACGACGGAGCCUACCCAGAGACCACUCGACAACUUGUUCUGUGCGGAGCAGAGGUACCAACUAUAUUAUUCCACAAACAGUCCUCUGCCGGUGAACUGAUUUCCAGUAAAGACAUUUUCACACUUCGUUUCCUAACGGACGCGAUCCGGUUCGGAAAUGAACGAGGUUUUGUACUGUCAUACGCAUUUACCCCUGGCACGCAUCUCUCAUCGCCAGAGCGAUAUGCACUGAAACCGCAACAGUCUCACAGUACGGUACACACAGGAAGUGACGAGUGGCCUGAAUCGUUAAUGGAGGGUGACUGUCAGUACCUGAUCAGGAGUCACGGGAAAGAUGAUACGGGACAUAUAUGGAUCGCUCGUUACGUGCACACGUUACCUGGAAAUAUAAGCCAGUUGCAGGGUGGCAAGGUGCCCAAUUGUCGGUGGCGUUUGCGAGGAAAACCGGGACAACGGAUCCAGUUGAAGUUAAUUAAGCAAACCGGAACACCGAGAUCUUACGAAUCGACGGCCAGAAUCAGUCCAAUACAACAUGACGAACAAUCAGGGCUUGAUCGAAUUCGGUCGUCUUUGGAACAAUCCGGGCGAACGAGGUCAUAUUUGACGAACUUGAAGUGUCACACUCCGAUUUCGGUCGAGUUAGUAAACUAUCGACCGAUUACCGCACAAGGUGAACAAGAGUUCAAAGAGAUGGAUCAUCUGUUGGAUGAAAAACAUUUCGGGUUGCGUACAGCUUCGCUGAUUCUACCAGAUGAUGCCCAGUUGAGCUCCACAGCGCAGGAAGAACAGGCUAAUACCAAUGCGCCUAAUUUCAUACAUUCCAAUGUGAUACCACGUGUCGAACCAUCGGAUCCUGUCCGACUGUGUGCAGAUGAGUCGGUCAGCCAGUCUCCGGCCGCUAAAGGUUUCAUGUCCGGCAAUGUACCCCAGUUAGACGUCAUUUUGCGCCUAGAUACUCCUGUUUUCAACGAGCAAUCCAAAGGUCCUGUUAUGAAGCAAUUAGCUGACUAUUUGAUUCUGGGCUAUGAUAUUCAGUAUAAAUUUGUCACCGGUGAGUGA